AUGGAUCAUGAAAAUACGCCGCCUCGGUUUAGGAACACUGCGAAAUCCCAACAUCUUCACCAAGACAUCAUCGAAGAAAUACUGUCAAGACUUCCAGUGAAAUCACUCUUGAGAUUAAGGUGCGUUUCAAAAUCAUGGCGUUGUUUAAUUGGUAGCAACAGAUUCAUCAAAGCCCAACUCGAGAAAUCAAGAAACUACCAAAAUUAUGCCCGUUGGCAAACCAUCUUCAACUACAAUUCAGAAAAUCCUGUACCCGGAUUGAAGCGAUGCUCUAAGUUAUCCUACUUGAAUGACCCAUUUGUUGAUCCUUCCCCUAUCGAUGAUCCAACCAAUAAUCAUCUCUUGAUGGCAACCUUGUGGAAUCCAGCCACAAGAAUCUCCAUCGAAUUACCCAAACUAGACCUUGAAAUAAUAAAAUAUGGGUUUGGUUGGGAUGAACAAAGUGAUGCAUACAAGGUGUUUGCUGUUUUGUGUAGCCAUGUUGAGAAUGAGUGGAUAGGUAAUGUUUAUAGUAGCAAGACCAAUUCAUGGAAAACAGUAGAGCACGGGAGUCUUGAUUUGGAUUAUGAAGAUGGGGAUUAUUUAUGUGGAAAGAUUCACUGGGUCGCAAGCGAAAAUUAUAUUGAAUCAUUUGACUUGAAGAGUGAGAUGUUUGGAAUGAUAGAGCUACCGGUGAAACCAGAGGUUGGCGUUCGGCCGUGGCUGGAAUCACUAUUGGAAGAAGAGGAGGAGAGAGGGGGGCGGCUUAGAGUGGUGUAUGAGUAUACUGAUAAUGGAACACGCAUAGUUUGGGAGAUUAAGAAAUAUGGGGUGAAGGAGUCGUGGGUGAAAGUGAGCGUCGGUGGCCCUUUUCCUUCAUACAAUGCAUCCACUAGCUUGCUUUGGGAGUUUGAUGAUGAAGGAGUGCUGGAGAUUUUUCCAAGCGAGAUUGUUGGUUGCGAUCAAACGAGUUUCUAUAUUGAAAGUUUAGUCCCACCAAUAUGGUGA